AUGUUAGUCGCUCGUUUAUCCGUUCAGAGAUGCGCAAUCUCUGUUCGCCAAUUCAAAACCAGGUAAGGGUUCAAUUAUAUUCUGUUGACUUCAACUAUUUGCCUAAACUGUUUUUCAGCGCUCUUAAACCAAGCGAAGCCAAGACUCCAGUCCAGAGUUGGGGAUAUCAAUACCUCAAGAACCAGAAGGCCCUGAACCGGCCUAUUGCACCUCAUUUGACCAUUUACAAACCCCAACUCACAUGGGUUCUUUCCGGAGCCCAUCGAAUUUGCGGAUGUCUGAUGGGUGGAAGUAAGUUGUUCAGUUUAUUGUUGCUGUUUAGGUAUCAGACUCUUCGCUAACUCUGUUUUUGUAGCCCUUCUUCUCGGAGGUAUUGGAUUUAUGGUUGGUCCAGUCAGUUAUGCUGAGUUCAUUGAGUAUUUCCGAGGACUUCCAGCUGUUGUAACGGCCCCGUUCAAGUUCUUCAUCUCCUUUAACAUUGUCUUCUACGCAUUGAAUGGCCUGAGACUCGUUGGCUUUGACUUGGCCAAAGGAACUGACCUUCCCACCGUUUAUAAGAGUGGAUGGGCCGUACUUGGAUUGUCCGUUCUGAUCAGUCUUCUUGUAGUUGCUGCCUCAGCCAAGAAGGAAAAGUAA